AAUGCCAUAAACAACGAAGUGCUGAAUGUGCGAAAUUGAUCUGGAGGUAUUGAUGACUGGACUGCCUGUUAAAAAUCUUAUGUCAUCCGUUUUCCAUAAUAUAAGUUAGUGGGAAUAAAACAUAUUUUACCUGGAGGGUGUGGCAAAAUGGAAACCGAUGCUACAGCAGACAACACCAAACAAACAAACCCCCCUGAACAAGCGAAACAUGAGUCCAAUAUUUUGGACUUGGCCUUUGCCAUGGACUGCACUGGAAGUAUGGGCUCAUACAUAAAGCAAGCCCAACAGAAUAUACGCAAGAUAGUGGAAGACAUCGUGGCAGCAGAAAAAGCUGAUGUACAUUUGGCACUGGUAGAGUAUCGUGACCACCCACCUGAGGAUACUUCUUUUGUCACCAAAGUUCAGGAUUUUACACCCUCUGUCAGUGUCAUGAAGAAAUGUUUGGAUGCUUGCAGUGCCCAAGGAGGUGGAGACACUCCUGAGGCAGUGGCUGAUGCAUUGCAUCAAGUGUUAAAACUAAGUUGGCGUGAAGAGGCUACAAAAAUCUGUGUCUUCAUCGCUGAUGCACCCCCACAUGGUCUUUCUACAUCCAAAUUCAGUGAUCAUUUUCCAAAAGGUUGCCCAGAUGGUCUGGAUCCAAUGGAAAUCACUCACCAGAUUGCAGAAAAGGGAAUCACAAUAUACACAGUAGGCUGUGAACCAGCAGUAAACCAGUGUAAAGAUUUCUUCAUGGCAGUUGCCCACACUACAGGUGGACAGUAUGUACCACUGAGGAAUGCUGCUUUGCUAGCUCAGGUAAUAAUUGGUGGAGCCCAGGAAGAGGUGACACUGCAAAGACACCUGGCAGAGGUGAAUGAAGAGGUCCUGCAGGAAGCACAAGGAAUGGAGGAAUUAGAUGAUGAAGAAGUAGCUACUAAAGUACACCAGAAACUGCUAAGCAAAGGAGCUAAGACCAAAAAACUGAUGCGGAAUCAAGCUGCCUUACCUGAAGCUUCUGGUGUGGCUAAGAAAAUGUCAGCAUUCAAGAACAUGGCAGAAGUACAGGCUACGUAUGAUUCAGAGGUAGCGGUAACUGCUGCACCUGAAUUUGAGGUGAAAAGGUCUGUAUUUGGUGGCAAAAUGAAAAAGAAGUCAAAGAAACCCAUGCCCAUGUCAGUGGAUAGUCCUCCUCCACCUAUGGCUAUGGCAAUGAGCAGUGCCCUAGAUCAUUACGAAGUUUCAGAAGGCAACAUAGACUAUGCACAGACAAAGCGUUUGGUCAGUAAAUCCAUGGCACAGAACAAAAUAAAGAAAGCUAGUAAAUUUUAGACAGAUAACCAAUAACAUUUGUUAAAAAUGUGCAGAAAAUAUGGUAUUUGUUGCAACAGGCUAAUGAUAGGAUACUGUUAAAUGUUAUUAGGUUAUGUUGCAUAUUUUACAUCUUAAAUAUGCACUGAAUGUUAAGAUUUAAAAUUUCCUUCAUUUUUUCAAAUAUUGAUCACUUCUAUAUUUUUUAAUUUAGAAUUUACCAAACGUGGUACCAUUCUUUUAUGUAUUAUAAUAAUUUGUUUACACGACAGUUUGUGAUAGUUUUGUUGUGAUACAUAAUUUUUUUUUGUUUUAAAUAUGAUUAAAAUGCAAUCUUUUAAUACUCUGUGGGUGCAAUUUUUAUUUAUGGAGAUGCACUUUUAAAAAACAUUCCAAUUUUGUGAGUUAACCGUUUUAGAAAAACUAUCUAACUUGUUGUCAGUCCAAUUAUACUAUGCAAGGUGUUUAAUUUUAGUUCAGUGUCAAGGACUAGUUGUGCCUUUAACAUUUACAAUUAAAAAUGAUUGCCAGUGUUCUAAAUGGUUAGUAAAACAGGGUAUAUCAGAUGAUACUAUGUGUGGAUUUUUUUUCUAUGGACAGAAAACAAGCAGUUGCUCUAAACACUUUUUACCACUGAUAACCUGGAAUCAGUGGCACAAUCUCUUUUUCAAGCAGCAAAGAAACAACGUAUUACUCCAUAUAAUCAUUUUAUAUGUGACAAGGAAUAAAAAAGCUGGAAUUUA